AUGAAAGGAGAAGCAAAGCUGGAUGACUCCAAGGUCAUCUCUGAGCCAACACAGAGAAUGUCACGAAGUAUGAUCCUCGAGCCAAAGUUGCCCCCAGGUAUGUCUCCCGGAAGGUCUCCUGUAAUGAAGGUAAUCCAAGAAGAUGGAAAGAGAAGUCCUGAAAUAUUGCGGGAGGAUGACGGAGAGGAGGUGCUAACAAACCCCUACAAGGCUGCCGUUGCAUCGGGUGUAUCAUUUUUGAUAGGAUCAUGUGUGCCUUCGCUGUCUGCCGUGCUUGUGGCCCAAAAUGUUGUUAGGAUUGUGGUGAUUGCUGUGGUUGCAUCAAUAGCUCUGGCUUUUUUUGGAGGCUUCGGAGCUUAUCUUGGUGGUUCACCAAUUAGGAUAUCGGCGGUAAGAAUUCUACUUGGAGGUUGGAUUGCCAUGGCAAUUACUUUUGGGUUGCUCAAGCCUUUCGAUAAGGAUCAUAGUUGAUGACUUAGAUUAUUUCCAUCAUUACUGAAAGAGAAGCUGCAAAAGGGGGGGUUUGGUUUUUCAUAUAAAGCCAAAGCUGUUGUUUCUUGCUGAAUCUUGUUUGCUUAAUACUAGAUGCUAAUAUUGUUUGAA